UGCCAUGGUACGGCGUCUGUCGCUCGACUGAAGCAAACCUACAGACGGGGAGUGGGAACAGACAAACCGGUUUCUGACCCACAGACGUCCUCCUGUCUCACUGGGGAUACUUUACAGAGAGACUGUGAGGAGCCCAGAGAACAGAACAGCAGCCUGGAGACGAUCAAAUAUGGUUUAGAAGACAGAGUCGACUGGGGUGUGAUGUACAUGUGUCAACAUGGAGUCUGUAAAUGCCACUGACCGAUAUGAGGACAACAAGGAUGGAAGUCGCCAGUCCCUCCGGAGUAGAAGUAAAGAUUCCCGAGGAUCCUCCAUCCAAAAACACAAAAGCAAUUCCCGGGAUAAUAUCCAGUAUAAGGAUGAAAAAGAUUCCUGUGCUGAGAGUAGAUCCAAAACUAGAACCUGGCGUUCAGAUCCUGAUCGGGACCAGGUAUCAGGUGGUGAGGGUCGGAGAAGUAGUGCCUCCUUUUACUCAGAGGACUAUGAGAAUGAGUCUCCCUCAGAGCGUUCGCUCUCACCACAUUCCCGAUCCCGGACGCCAUCCCCUACUCCUGUAAAAGGGGUGCGGGAUAAGAGGAUUUCUGUCAGCCCCCUCUACAAAACAGGUGGUGUUGGGCGCAAGGGUUUAUCCCGUCCACAGCGUUUAGGUCGCCAACCCCUGACACAGCAGCAUCGGAGGGGGGUGCGAUCACAAAGCAACGAGUCCACAACCCCAAAGGACCUGGAUCUUGUGACCAAGCGGAUGCUUUCAGCCCGCCUGCUAAAGAUCAAUGAAUUGCGCAACGCUCUUGCUGAGCUGCAGCAGCGCACUGAUGAGCUGCAGAAAGAAAACAGAAUCCUCAGACAGCUUCAGUUUCGUCAAGAGAAAGCCCUGCAGCGCUACGAUGACACAGAAAGCGAGAUUUCCCAAUUGUUGUUGCGCCACUCCAACGAGACCCAGGUGCUGCGCGAACGACUCCGGCGCACUCAAGAGCGCGAGCGUGCGGCCGAGCGGAGGCUGAAAGAAAGCGAGGAGCAGCUGCAGAGAAGUCAGACGACCAUCGUCCGGCUGAAGAAGCUGGUCGACCAGCGAGAGUUAGGAGCCAGGGACGAGUUGAGCCGCAAGCUGGAGGAAGAGAAGACACGAGCCCAGGAGGCAGAUCGCAAGAUUAAGGAGCUGGAGCGCAGCAUGGAGCUGAGCAGCAGCAGUUACCAGAGGCAGUUGGCUGCAGAGAGGAAGAAGACCAUCAGUGCCCAGGAGGAGAUCAGGACCCUGCAGGAGGAGCUGGAACGACUGACCAAUAGACUUAAGGAGAAGGAGAGAGAACUAGACGCCACAAACAUUUAUGCCAACCGCAUGGUGAAAUCCUCACGUAGAACAGAUGCUGACAGCUGCACAAAGCGGAAAGUCCCCGGCAGGAGCAGCAGCAAGGCAGUGCAGACUCAAGAUAUGGUGUCCAGUCUGGGUUUUCCCACACCCCCCCCUGCCAUCACCGAUGCCAAUGAUUACAGUGAGCAGGGACCUGACGAAUACCUAUCACUCAAGGCAGAGUGUCUCCUCCUCACCUCUCUCACCAUCCACAUUUCAUCUUUUGAUGCAGCACACAGUCUGUCAUUCACCUGUUGUGACGCUUUCUGUCAACAGGAGCUUGGUGGAGUGGACAGACAGGCAAAGACCGAAGACAGGAAUCAAAACCGGGAACGACAGAAGACGGGUGACGAGGAAAAGGAAAGAGACGGGAAGAAAGAGCAAGACAAGCAGCAACUCAAGCAGGAGAUGAAUGCGCAUGAAGAGAAGGCGAAGAGAUUAAGAGACGGCGGUGAGAAAGAAUCUGAGGAAGAAGACAGAAAGAAGACAAGUGCACUGUUGAACCAGAAGGAGAACGAGAUCAAUAGGACGCGUGGGCAUGUCCAAGAGGAGGUGGAAAAGUGGAACCAAGACGUUCUGACCAAUCAGCAUGCAGCAGAGGAAGCACGUCUGAAAAAAGAGCAGCUGCUGGCCAGGCUGCGCGAUAUAGAUCGUCAAAACGGGGGCGGCCAGGACUCCAUGUUUGCUGAGUCGAGUUUUUCCGAGACCAACAAGAGUUCCAGCGACCAUUUUUCUCCUCGCCCGCCAGAGCAGAGGAACCAUAACUCCUCGAUCUUCAGCCUCACGGCACCAGAGGAGUCAGCCAGCUUGGGUGCUGGUGAUGGAAGUGGAGUAGGGGGGAGGAGAAUAGCAGGUAUAGAGGGUGGAGCAGCGACAACCGGGGUGGGGAGGAGAACACUACGCCCUCAAAUCUCCGGUGACGACUUGGCGUUCGGAGCCUACGCGCCAUCUUUCGGGCUCUCAACUUCCCGCGGGUCUUUUGGUUUCCCUCCACCUCCGUCCAGAGAGGAAAGGGAUUCUGCUUUAGAGGCAAUAGGUGUUUUUAGUCUCAGAGGGGUGGAGACAGAGAGAGAGAAGGACACAGAAAAAGGAACGGGCAAGGAUAGAAAGUCUAGUCUCAUGCAGCAGCUCUUUGGAGCAAUAGCCACACCCGCUGGUGACGGUGUGAGCUCCUCCAAUAGAAUGGGGGUCAUCAGUAGUCCUCCGACUACCAAUGGGGUACAUUCAAGAAAGGAAAGAUUCCACAGCUUCAACUCAGGGUCUUCCACUCCUCCUGCAUCGUCUUUAAGCAUCCUCCAUGUAGCUGAUAGCCGACCUGCCAUCCGAGCCAUCCCUUCAUUCGACGACGACAUCGAAGAACUGACUUUAUGAAAGUAAUUUAGCGCAGAGGUCUCAUAGUCGGCCGUCACGUCUGUUAAACACACGUAGAAAACGACACAGGGUGAAAUUAAAUGAGGACCAUCAUCAAGAAAAACAACCAAACAUAGAAGGGAAAAACUGCAAAGUGUACAAAGUACUAUAUUACCAUACAAAUGAUAAUAUAUUUCAGCCUUUUAUCAAUUUAUCAUGUAGGAAAUAUGUUAUUUAAAGUGGUUGUACAGAAAAUUUGUUUUAAUUGUAGUUGCACUCUUUGAAUAUGUGUUUCACUGGCUGUAGGUCAGAUUUCCUGUCAGUUUAUCUGGGCAACACAACGACCGCAGAGCCACAACAAAAACACACACACCAUCCCUGCAUCUUGUCCAAUAAACCGAAAGGCCCAACACGAGGAGAACAGACCGUGAAUAUGUCUCAAUACUUUUCACAUUUCAGCGCUUUGCCAUAUUUUGUAGUGCUCAUAUGUAAUUAUAGAUCUAUUUAUUUUUGUGGGUACAUUUGUGCAACAAGAUUUAUCUGUUAACUUUCGUUCCUCUCUGAGACUCAGUAAUUUACCAUCAAGCAAUAUGACAAUCAUACUCUACGUGGACUUAUUUCGGUCACACAAAAUAGGUUGUUUUGGUAGGUUCCUGCAAGUUUAUGUUUGUUAUUACAAUUGUUUAGAUACAUUUUCUGUGGGAAAAUGUCAUAAACCGAACAGAAAAUAUAUUAUGGUUGAAUAAUCUGCAUAUUGGUUGUGUGUAAUCUAGCACAUUCAAAAGAUAUUGCUUUCUUUAGGCAUAUUUAUAGGAGUGAAUACUCUUAAUUCCUGGUGUGUUUCAGGGUAGUAUUACACUGAGCCGAUAAUCAGCACUAAUACAAACAAUCAAGAGAAGGUACCAUGCUCUAUUUAUAUAUCUGUUUAUAUAGUACAAAAUGUUGUAUUUAUAAGAUUAAAAGUCAACGUGUAAAAAUUUGUAUUUUCUCAGUUUCUAGGAGCUUUAUGUUAUAUGGUCGUUUUCAUGAGGGAAACAUGUAAUUAAAACUUUGUCCGUCACUUUUCAUAUUCUGAAUUUUUCAUGUUUUCUACUUUCAGUCAAGUGACAUUAAAUGUUUCAAGUAACACAAAGUUGUACUUGUUGUAUUGUU